GAGUGAGAAAGUGAGAGAGAUUCAUUGAUGGGUGUGAUAGUCAAGUACAAUUUAGAUAAACUAAUAGUGAAUAAUUUUCGUAUAAAUAACAUUUUAAAUGAAUGGGAAUCGAUCACAAUUAGUGAAAGUGUUCAGUUUAACCAAAUUGUGAAUAUAAAGUGAUUAAGAAAAUAAAAUGUCUUUUGCUUUAAUUGUUGAAAAUAAAGGUCCUUGGGAGACUUCACUUAAAAAGGUGAAUACAACCAACGAUGUUAAUUUAGAUUGUCAACUUGAGGAUAAUCAAGUUUUAAUCCAAUUUUUGGCCUCGACAAUUAACCCUUCCGAUGUUGGUAUGGUUGAAGGCUGGUAUCCAACCGCUGUUAGUUUACCUUUCACCCCAGGUAAUGAGGGUGUUGGUCAUGUAAUUAAGGUUGGUCCUGGUGCGGUUAAAUUGUCGGUCGGUGAUCAUGUUAUGCCGGGUAAAGGGCUUUUCGGUACUUGGAGGAGCCUUGCGAUCGCACCGGAAACCGAUCUGAUUAAAAUCGACAAAGAACUGGAUCUAGAAAUCGCCUGUCAAUUGAUGGUUAAUCCACCAACAGCUUAUCGUUUGUUGAAGGAUUUUGUUGAUCUUAAACCAGGUGAUUGUGUUUUACAAAAUGGUGGUAAUUCAGCUGUUGGUUUAUUGGUGAUCCAAAUGUGUAAGGCUUGGGGCUUCAAGACAAUUAAUGUUGUUCGAGCUCGAAGUGAUCCCGAUCAAAUGAAUGACCUGGUCAAAUCUAUGACCGAUCUCGGUGCUGAUCAUGUUGUUACCGAACAAGAUAUUGCCGAUGAAUCUUUCAUGGAAUCAAUUUGGUCUUCGGGAACACCUAAACCAGUUCUUGCUUUUGAAUGUAUUGGCGGUGAAAAUGCGGCCAAUUGUAUCAAGCACUUAGCCGAUGAAGCGACAAUGGUCAUUUAUGGUACAAUGACCAAAGAACCGGUCGCCGUUCCUGCUGGACCAACGAUCUUCAAACAGCUUAAAUUCAAAGGUUUCUGGUUAGCUAAAGUUUACAGGGGAAAUCCCGAAGAGUACCAAAGGAUGUCCGCUGAACUUGUCUCCAUGUUCAAAUCAGGCCAAUUAAAAGCGCCCAAAGUCGUUGCAGUGCCGAUGGAAAACUAUCAAGAAGCGUUUACCAAAUCAACCAAAGGUUUUACCAGUGGAAAAGUUAUUCUAACUAAUCAGAAAAUUGUUCCAAAAUAAUUAUAAUUGUUGGAACCCAAUUAUUAAUAAUCAUCUUAACACCUUAAUUGUUUUGUAACAAUCAACUCGAGAAAAUGUAAACAAUUAAAGUGAGAAACACUCAUUUAAUCAA